AUACAAAUGUUCUCGUUAGACUACAAGACCCACUGGUCUAAAUUCAACCAAACCCCUGCUCUCACAGCAGGUCUCAUCCUAUUCACGUGCAUAUUAUUUCUCCUAAAUGUAUACGAUGUAAUGGACAAAUCUCCAUUUAUCCUAUACCCCAACUCACCCUUGGAACUCAACCUCAAUGCCAUUUCUCUCUACCUUUUAUUCCACACAAAUUUCGGCCAUUGGUUCAUCAAUGUACUUGGUAUAGCCACUCCGUUGGCAAUGUAUGAAGCAACCCACGGGACUAUCUAUACCGGAAUCACGUUGAACUUACUUGCCGUGAUCACCGCCUUGCAGUAUUGUCUCGUCGGACAAAUUUUGUACCCGCACACAGGAGUGAUUGGACUUUCGGGAAUUAUUUUCCUGUUGUUGAGUUAUACCCUGUACAAAGAACACCAGAAUCGUCCUGUUAUUCACACUUACCGUGUUUCGUCAUAUGAGAUUAAAAUAUAUACAUUGGCGGUGCCAUUCAUAUUCUUGGUCUUUAUGACUAUUCUUAUGCCAGGCAGUUCGUUUUUUGGCCAUUUAGCAGGAGUGUUUGCAGGGUUCUUGUUGGGUAUGGGUUACUUGAAGAAAUUGUUCCCACCUAGUACAGCUAUAAUAUGGAUUGAAAACAAGGUCGAGCCCGUGAUCAAAUUGAUUAAUAAGUUGGUUACAUUUGUUAAAGAAGAGGAUGCUAUUAAUAAGAGAAGCGUGACCUAUGUAAGUAUGUUUAGUUCUGAUUUAGAAACUGGGUCAGUCAACACUCGUCCGCCUACUUAUCUGGCUGAAACUAGAGUAUUGGGUGCAUAGUUUUCUUGUAUAGUUUAAUUUUUCAAAAAUAUAAACCUUAUUAGCCUCGGG